ACAAAGUUCUGUUCAUCUUUGAUGGUCUGGAUGAGUGCCGACUGCCCCUAGACUUCCAGAACAACAAGAUCUGUUGGGACGUCACAGAGAGAACCUCAGUGGAUGUUCUGCUGACAAAUCUCAUCAAGGGAAAUCUGCUUCCCUCUGCUCUCAUCUGGAUAACUACCCGACCUGCAGCAGCCAAUAAGAUCCCUUCAGGGUGUGUUGACCAGGUGACAGAGGUACGAGGGUUCAAUGACCCACAGAAGGAGGAGUACUUCAGGAAGAGAUUCAGUGAUGACGACCUGGCCAACAGAAUCAUCUCACACAUAAAGACAUCAAGGAGCCUCCACAUCAUGUGCCACAUUCCAGUCUUCUGUUGGAUUUCUGCAACAGUCCUUGAACACAUGCUGAAACAUAAGAGAGAAGAGAUGCCCAAGACUCUGACUGAGAUGUACACACACCUUGUGGUGUUUCAUACCAAACAGAAAAAUGACAAGUAUCCUGGGAAAGAAGAGACAGGUCCACACUGGAAUAAAGAGAGCAUUCUGUCACUGGGAAAACUGGCUUUUCAACAGCUUGUGAAUGGCAAUCUGAUUUUCUAUGAAGAAGACCUGAAAGAGGCUGGCAUUGAUGUCAAUGAAGCCUCAGUGUACUCAGGAUUGUGCACACAGCUCUUUAAAGAGGAAUGUGGGCUGUACCAGGACAAGGUGUACUGCUUUGUUCAUCUGAGCAUUCAGGAGUUUCUGGCUGCUGUAUAUGUGUUCCUCUCAUUCAUCAACAACAAUGAGAAUCUAAUGGACAAACUGCAAACAAACGACGAGUCUGAAGUUACUGUCUACAAGAGUGCUGUGGAUAAAGCCUUACAAAGUGAGACGGGAAACCUGGACCUUUUCCUCCGCUUCCUUCUGGGACUCUCAAUGGAGUCCAAUCAUAAGCACUUACGAGGUCUACUGACAAAUACAAGAAGCAGCUCACAGAGUCAUGAAGAAACAGUCAAGUACAUCAAGGAGAAGAUCGGGGAGAAUCCAUCUCCAGAGAGGAGCAUCAAUCUGUUCCACUGUCUGAAUGAACUGAAUGACCAUUCUCUAGUGGAGGAGAUCCAAAGCUACCUGAGAUCAGGAAGUCUCUCAAAACCCAACCUGACACCUGCACAGUGGUCAGCUCUGGUCUUUCUGUUGCUGACCUCAGAAAAGGAGCUGGAUGUGUUUGACCUGAAGAAAUAUUCCAGAUCAGAGGAAGGUCUUCUAAGGCUGCUGCCAGUGGUUAAAGUCUCCAGAGCUGCUCUGCUGUCAGACUGUGGAGUCACAGAGGAAGGCUGUGCUUCUCUGGUCUCAGCUCUGGAGUCAAACCCCUCACACCUGAGAGAGCUGGACCUGAGUAACAACGACCUGAAGGAUUCAGGAAUGAAGCUGCUCUCUGCUGGACUGGGGAAUCCCCACUGUAAACUGGAGACUCUGAGGCUGUCAGGCUGUCUAGUCACAGAGGAAGGCUGUGCUUCUCUGGUCUCAGCUCUGAGGUCAAACCCCUCACACCUGAGAGAGCUGGACCUGAGCUACAAUCACCCAGGAGACUCAGGAGUCAGACUGCUCUCUGCUGGACUGGAGGAUCCACACUGCAGACUGGAGAAACUCAAUGUGGAACAUGGUGGAGAGAACAGAAUGAAACCUGGACUUAGAAAAUAUGUCUGUGAUCUCACACUGGACCUAAACACAGUAAACAGACUCCUCUCUCUGUCUGAGGAGAACAGAAAGGUGACAUGGAGGAGAGAGAAGCAGCCGUAUCCUGAUCACCCAGAGAGAUUUGACUACUAUAGACAGGUGCUGUGUAGAGAGGGUCUGACUGGGCGCUGUUACUGGGAGGUAGAGUGGAGUGGGGGAAGGGCUGAUAUAGGAGUGACAUAUAUAGGAAUUAACAGGAGAGGAAAUGGAAAGGUUGAUGACUGUUGUCUUGGAUACAAUGACAAGUCCUGGAGUCUGUUCUGCUCUGACAACAGUUACACUGCCUGUCACAAUAAUAAUCUCACAACCAUAGACGUCCCCCCCUCCAGAUCCCACAGAGUAGGAGUGUAUCUGGACUGGCCAGCCGGCACUCUGUCCUUCUAUAGAGCCUCCUCUGACACACUGACCCACCUGAACACAUUCACCUCCACAUUCACUGAGCCCCUCUAUCCAGGGUUUUGGGUUUGGGGUGAUGACUCCUCAGUGUCCCUGUAAAUAAUAACCUGAUACACACAGACACACACACACAUUGAACAUACAUACACACACUCACAUUGCACACACACACUGGACAAUCACACACACACUGGGCAAAGACACACACACUGGACAAAGACACACACACUGGACAAAGACACAUACACUGGACAAACACACACACACUGGGCAAAGACACACACACACACACUGGACUCACACACACACACACACACUGGACUCACACACACACACACACACACUGGACAAUCACACACACAAUGGACAAACACACACACACCUGCUGGACACACACUGGACACACACACACACACUGGACACACACACACACAAACCUGCUGGACACACACUGGACACACACACACACACACACUAAACACACACUGGACACACACACACACACUGGACACACACAAACUGACACACACUGGACACACACACACACACACACACACACUGAACACACACUGGACACACACACACACACACACACAUACACACUGGACACACUGGACACACACACACUGGACACACACACACACUGGACACACACACACACUGGACACACACACACACACACACACACACACUGGGCAAACAAAAACACACACACACACACACUGGACACACUGGACUCACACACUGGACACACACACACUGAACACACACACACACACACACACACACACACUGGGCAAACAAAAACACACACACACACACACUGGACACACUGGACUCACACACUGGACACACACACACUGGACACACACACACUGGACACACUGGACACACACACAGACACACAUGCGUGUCUUUCUAUAGUUGAGAGGACCUCUGACAACAACACCGUUAAAAUUCCAAUGUGAUCAUAUGUCUUUUAUGUUGUAAAACUAAUUAUACAAUUAUAUAUGGACAUACGCUCCAUAGUUGUACAAGUAUACAAUGAUAUAUUGUACUUUUCAUAAUAAAACAUACUUGAAACAAGAAAAGGCU